AUGGAAGAACAUCAACUAGAAACAAUGCUUUCUAUUGAAAGAAUAUGUUAUUCAACAAAAUUUAUUAAAUCUCAUCCAGACCGAAGAAUUAUUGCACUUGGUCUUCAUAAAUUAAGUGAUGAUGAAAAAAUGUCAGAUGAUGUCUUUGCAUUAACAAUGAAUAUAUUUGAUAGAUUUAUUUUAAAAUAUUCCGCAAUAAUGAAUGCUCAUUAUUGUCAAUUAAUUGCUUUAUCAUGUUAUAAUUUAGCUAAAAAACUUCGUAGUAAUAUUUCAAUUAAUAAUGAAAAUGAACAAACAUCAUUAAUACUUUUAAAUCAAAAUUACACCGAUGAAGAAAUAUUUGAUGCAGAGCAACUUAUUGUCGAAACAUUAGACUGGGAUCUAUCAACUGUCGUUCCACAUGAUUAUAUUCAUUUAAUAUUUCAAUAUAUUCCAUUAACUGAAAAUGAUAAAGCUAAAAUUCGUUUACAUGUCAAUACUCUUCUAUCAAUUACAAUAUGUGAAUUGAAUACAUUAACAAUAUUUCCGAGUAUAUUAUGUUGUGCAUCUAUCAGAGUAGCAAUAAAUGGACUUUCGAUAAUUGAUAUUCAUUACAAUGAUGAAUUAAUAAUGAAAACUAUUCAUUGUACUAAUCAGGAACUUAUUAAAAUUCAACAAAUAAUUGAACAAAUAUUUCAAUCAUAUGUACCGAAAAAGGUUCCAGCGACAAAACGUCCUUGUUUAGCACAGAUUAAUACAAGCAAUAAGACACAUUCAUCAAGCCCGCGUGUUAAAUAA